UGAGGACCUUCCAUUCUUCGAUCAACAUGGAAAGCACCACCGGCCGCAGUCAAAUGCUAGGUAUUCACGUCCUCCACUGCCCGGACGUGGUAGGCAUUGUGUCAAAGGUCUCCGAAUGCUUCGCCUUUCGCAGCGCCAACAUUCACAGUGUCGAUGUUUUUGUCCCAGAGAACAAACAGGUCUUCUACUCAAGGAGUGAAUUUGUAUUUGAUCCUGCAAGCUGGCCUCGUGAUGUUAUGGAUGAAGACUUUGUGAAUAUAGGAAAACUCUUCAAGGCAGAAAGAUCUGUUGUUCGGGUUCCUGAUGUAGAUCCAAAAUUUAAGAUUUCCAUUCUUGCUUCAAAGCAGGACCAUUGUCUGGUGGAUGUUUUGCAUGGUUGGCAGGAUGGUAGGCUUCCUGUAGAUAUAAACUGUGUAAUAAGCAAUCAUGAUAGAGGUCCAAAUACCCAUGUUCUACGUUUUCUUGAGAGAAAUGGAAUUCCAUACCAUUUCAUGCCAACCAGUUCAGUAGAUAAAAGAGAAGAAGAAAUCUUGAAUCUUGUUAAAGAUACUGAUUUUCUUGUCCUCGCUCGAUAUAUGCAGGUAUUGUCAGCUAGUUUUUUGGAGGGCUAUGGUAAAGAUAUAAUUAACAUCCAUCAUGGGCUUCUUCCGUCAUUCAAGGGCAGCCAUCCUGCCAAGCAGGCUUAUAAUGCUGGAGUGAAACUGAUUGGUGCAACAACUCACUUUGUAACUCCAGAACUCGAUGCAGGUCCUAUUAUCGAGCAGAUGGUGGAGAAAGUUUCCCAUCGAGAUACCUUAGAGAGUUUUGUGCAGAAAUCAGAAAAUUUGGAGAAGCAAUGUCUGCGGAAUGCAAUAAAAUCCUACUGUGAACUCCGUGUGCUGCCGUAUGAGGGGAAAAAAACUGUUGUUUUCUAGAGCUGGACCUUUGUUACCGUUGCCAAAUGCCUACCCAGCUCAUCUUUUGUUGAAACUAUAGAGUGGUUAAGCAAAGUGAUCAUAUUUUUAUGGGAAAUUUACUUUCAUACCAGAUAAUUCUGAAGUAUUUACAUAUCUAACACCCAAAGUUUGAUAUUUACACUUGUAACAUCAUUGGUGUCAUAAAUUUA